AGCCUUCCAAACCAUUUUUUGGGUUCAAUUUAAACACAAAAAAUGAGAAAUCACUAAUCAACAUUCACCAUUUUUUUUCUCCCUCCACCCUUGCACCCUUUACAUCUUCACAAAACCAAGUAGCCCACCGCCUAAAGUCCCGUCUGGCUUCUUCAGUCCGCCUCCCCCUCACCACUCAGGCACCCGCCGGAGAUCCCAGCUGCCUUAGGCCAUACCCUACUGCCGCCCAUUCGACAAAUGGAGUCUUGAACCUUGGGUUCCUUUUAUAUCUAUAGUGCACAUGAUGAAGCCAUCUCAAGAUCCAUUUGAAGCAGCAUUUGUAGAGCAAGACGAAACACCACCCGAGUCUCCCACAGCUAAUGACAUUGAAACCCAAGUUGCUGCUGUACCUGUAAAUGAUGUUAAUCAACCUGAAGAUGAGGUAGGCAUGGAUCUUGUUACGGAGUCUAAUGUUGCAUCAACUUCGGGUGCUCCUCUAGCUUCUGCAAUGACUGCACAACCCAAUAAUAAGAACAAAGAUGAAGAGGAGGAAGAGGAGGAAGAGAACAUGGAUGUUGAGCUUGGAAAGUUACAAGCUACUACUGGUGACCCUGAUAAAAUGGCCAAGAUGCAGGCCAUCUUAUCUCAAUUUACAGAAGAACAGAUGAGCAGAUAUGAAUCUUACCGUAGAUCCGGUUUCCAGAAAUCCAACAUGAAAAGGUUACUAGUGAGUGUUACUGGCAGUCAGAAGAUUUCUGUACCUAUGACAAUUGUAGUCUCUGGAAUUGCAAAAAUGUUUGUAGGGGAACUUGUCGAGACAGCCAAGAUAGUGAUGGCUGAAAGAAAGGAUACUGGUCCCAUCAGACCAUGCCAUAUUAGAGAAUCGUAUAGAAGGCUGAAGCUCGAAGGCAAAGUACCUAAAAGAUCUGUUUCAAGGCUCUUUCGCUAGGCAUCUGUGCAAUUUCUCAUGUUAUGCGUUGCUCAUUAGGAUGAUGACCUGUAUUUGAAGUUUUGCUAGUUUAUAUAUCCGACAAAAUUGAAGAAACUCAAUCUCUGUACCUUAAAACAAUUAGUUAAUAUGAAUACAUGAUUUCUCAUUACUAAGGUA